CAGCAGGACCCCGUGAGGCGCCGGAUGGCUCGCCUGGCCGCAAAGACUCCUGGGAAAUGUAGUCCCGCCUGGCACGGUCCCGGGGGCGUGAGGGGGAAACAGGUGUCCGGCGUCUAGAAUGAGGCCGGAGCGUGACCCAAGAAGAUGUCGGAGCCCGGGAGAUCCACCCGCGCCCGCGCGGGGGCAUAAGGGCCCAGGCCCAGGAAGAGUGUGCCAGUGAGAUGGUCGUCACGGCAACGAGAGCCCCUGCAGCCCCGGGGAGGGCCAUGAAGGUACUGCUCUUCACCGGGCUGGGAGCCCUGUUCUUCUCGUAUUACUGGGAUGACAACUUUGACCCUGCCAGCCUCCAGGGAGCCCGCGUGCUGCUGACAGGGGCCAGUGCGGGCGUCGGGGAGGAACUGGCAUAUCACUACGCCCGCCUGGGCUCCCACCUGGUGCUCACUGCCCACACGGAGGCCCUCCUGCAGAAGGUGGUAGGGAACUGCCGGAAGCUGGGCGCUCCCAAGGUCUUCUACAUCGCUGCGGACAUGGCCUCCCCUGAGGUGCCCGAGCGCGUGGUGCAGUUCGCGCUGGACAAGCUGGGAGGACUGGACUACCUCGUGCUGAACCACCUCGGCGCCACCCCGGCAGGCUCGCGGUCCAGGAGCGUCCAGGCCACUCGCUGGCUCAUGCAGGUGAACUUUUUGAGUUACGUGCAGCUGACUUCGUUGGCGCUGCCCAGCCUGACGGACAGCAAAGGCUCUCUGGUGGUCGUGUCCUCGCUGCUCGGCCAGGUGCCCACAUCCUUCUCCCGCCCGUACUCGGCAGCCAAGUUCGCUCUGGACGGCUUCUUCGGCUCUCUGCGGCGGGAGCUAGACGUGCAGGACGUGAACGUGGCCAUCACCAUGUGUGUCCUGGGCCUCCGGGAUCGCGCCUCCCCCGCCGAGGGAGUCAGGGGCGUCACGAGGGCCAAGGCGGCCCCAGGGCCCAAGGCGGCCCUGGCCGUGAUCCGCGGCGGCGCCACACGCGCCCCCGGCGUCUUCUACCCAUGGCGCUUCCACCUGCUCUGUCUGCUCCGGGGAUGGCUGCCGCACCCGAGGGCCUGGUUCGUCCGCCAGGAGCUCAACGUCACCGCUGCCGCUGCUGCCUGAGCUGCUGCGGGUGGCACCCCUUCAGCUUCCCAGAGAGGGGAACCCUCUAUCCAGCCGUCCCGGAGCCGGGACACGAACCGAGACA